AUGAUCCUCCAGUCUUCACUUCUCAUCUCCCUUUCCCUGCUUAUCUCUGGUUCCUGUGAGUUUUUCGCUAAAGCAAAUUAUCCUCGAAGCUAUCCCUGUGAUGAGAAAAGGGAGAAUGUCUCUAUUAUCGCAGAAUGUAACGAUCGUCAACUGCAAGAAGUUCCCCGAACAGUAGGCAGAUAUGUGACAGAACUAGACCUGUCUGAGAAUUUCAUCACACACAUAACGAAGGAAUCAUUUCAAGGGCUGCAAGAUCUUACUAAAAUCAAUCUAAACCACAACGCAAAGCGACAGCAUCAGAAUGAAAAUCCUGACAUGAGUAAAGAAGGCAUGACAAUUACAGACGGGGCAUUUCUGAGCCUCAGAAACCUAAUAGAGUUACUGCUUGAAGACAACAAGUUAAACAAAAUACCCAUUGGUUUGCCAGAGUCUUUGAGAGAACUUAGUUUAAUCCAAAACAAUAUCACUGUGCUGACUAAAAAGAACACCUCAGAACUAACGAACUUGCAAAGUCUUUAUUUAGGCUGGAACUGCUAUUUUGGCCAUGAUUGCAAAAAAACGUUUGACAUAGAAGAAGGAACAUUUGAGAAGCUUACAAAUUUGACAGUGCUAUCACUGUCUUUCAAUACUCUUUACCAUGUGCCACCAAAACUGCCUAGCUCCCUUAGAGAACUUUAUCUGAGCAACACCAAGAUCCAAAACAUCAGUCAAGAAGACUUCAAGGAACUGAAAAAUUUAAGGACACUAGAUUUAAGCGGGAACUGUCCGAGGUGUUUCAAUGCACCGUUUCCUUGUGAACCUUGUAAAGCAAAUGCUUCACUUCAGAUACAUCCCCUUGCUUUUCAAACCCUGACCCACCUUCUCUACCUAAACCUCUCCAGCACUUCUCUCCGAAAGAUUCCUGCAAGCUGGUUCUAUAAUAUGAGUCAUCUAAAGGUACUGUAUCUUGAAUUCAACUACUUAGUGCAUGAAAUAGCCUCUGGGGCAUUUUUAACAUACCUGCCAUCUUUAGAAAUACUUGACUUAUCUUUUAACUAUGUAAAGACGGAAUAUCCACAGCAUAUUAAUAUUUCCAAAAACUUCUCUAAGCUUGUGUCUCUCCAGGUAUUGCAUUUAAGAGGUUAUGUGUUCCAGGAACUUAGGAAAGAAGACUUCCAGCCUCUGGUAGGGCUUCCCAACUUAAGGACUAUCAACUUGGGCAUUAACUUCAUUAAGCAAAUUGACUUCACCAUUUUCCAACGGUUCCACAACCUGAGUAUUAUUUAUUUGUCAGAAAACAGAAUAUCACCCUUGGUAAAUGACAUCAGGCAAACAAAUACAAACGGUUCAUCUCUCCAAAGUCAUAUCCUUAGAGCACGCUCAGCAUAUACUGAGUUUGACCCACAUUCGAAUUUUUAUCAUAACACCAAUCCUUUAAUAAAGCCCCAAUGCAGCAAUUACGGCAAAGCCUUAGAUCUAAGCUUGAACACUAUUUUCUUUAUUGGACAAAAGCAAUUCGAGUCUUUUGGUGACAUUGCCUGCUUAAAUCUUUCCUCAAAUGGCAAUGCCCAAGUGCUACAUGGAGCAGAGUUUUCAGCUGUGCCUCGUGUGAAAUAUUUGGAUCUGACCAACAACAAACUGGACUUUGAUGAUGAUAAAGCUCUCACAGAAUUGGUGGACUUAGAGGUUCUAGAUCUCAGCUAUAAUGCACACUAUUUCCGGAUAGCUGGGGUAACGCAUCGUCUAGGAUUUAUUAAAAAUUUAACACAGCUGAAGGUUUUAAACUUAAGUCACAACAGCAUUUACACAUUAACAGAAUUUGAACUGACCAGCAUGUCCCUGGAAGAAUUAGUGUUUAGUGGAAACCGCCUGGAUCUUCUGUGGUAUGCAGAGGAUGACAGGUACUGGCACCUUUUCACAUUUCUCAGGAAUCUGACCCGGCUUGACAUAUCCUUUAAUAAUCUUCAGCACAUCCCGAAUCAAGCCUUCCUUAACUUGCCCCAGAAACUCACAGAACUAUAUGUAAACAAUAAUAACUUAAAUUCCUUUAACUGGACGUUACUCCAGCAGUUUCCUUUCCUCCGCUUGCUUGACUUAAGUGGAAACCAGCUAUCCAUGUUAACUAAUGGACUGUCUGCAUUCACACCUUCUCUUCAGACCCUGCUGCUGAGGCAAAACAGGAUUUCCCAGCUGCCCUCUGGCUUCUUUUCCGAGGCCGGCAGUCUGGUCCACCUCGACUUAAGUUACAACCUGCUAAAGAUGAUCAACAAAUCCACACUUCAAACUAGGACAGCCACCAACUUAGCUGUUUUGGAACUAGGAGGAAACCCUUUUGACUGCACAUGUGAGAUUGGAGAUUUCCAUAGAUGGAUGAAUGAAAAUCUAAAUGUCACAAUUCCUAGAUUGACAGAUGUCAUCUGUGGCAGUCCUGGAGAUCAAAGUGGGAAGAGUAUUUUGAGCAUAGAGCUGAUGACCUGUGUUUCAGAUACCAUUGCGGCAGUGUUAUUUUUCUUCACAUUCUUUAUCACCACCAUGGUUAUGUUAGCUGCCCUGGCUCAUCAUUUUUUUUACUGGGAUGUUUGGUUUAUCUACCACAUGUGUUUAGCAAAGAUAAAAGGGUACAGGUCUCUCUCCACUUCCCAAACUUUCUACGACGCUUACAUUUCUUAUGACACCAAAGAUGUGUCUGUCACUGACUGGGUGGUAAAUGAGCUGCGCUUCCACCUGGAGGAGAGUGAAGACAAAAACGUUCUCCUUUGUCUGGAGGAGAGGGACUGGGAUCCGGGAUUAGCUGUCAUUGACAACCUCAUGCAGAGCAUCAACCAAAGCAAAAAAACUAUAUUCGUUUUAACCAAAAAAUACGCAAAGAACUGGAACUUUAAGACGGCUUUCUACUUGGCCCUGCAGAGGCUGAUGGAGGAGAACAUGGACGUGAUUAUUUUCAUUCUGCUGGAGCCAGUGCUACAGCAUUCGCAGUACCUGAGGCUGCGGCAGCGGAUCUGCAAGAGCUCCAUCCUCCGGUGGCCUGAUAACCCCAAGGCAGAAGGCCUGUUCUGGCAAAAUCUGAAAAACGUGGUCUUAACUGAAAAUGAUUCACGGUAUAACAAUUUGUAUGUUGAUUCCAUUAAGUAA